AUGUCUGAGGUGCAGUCAAGGCCGUCUGCCUCGCGUGGGCGCGGCUCAGCGCGUGGUGGACGGGGUGGCCACAUCUCCAGAGCAGGCCGGGGCGGCGCCAGGUCGACAGCGGCAGCGAAGCCUGCUACAGCCAGCCAGGAGGCCGCUGCUGAUGCCUCGUACGAAGACGAAGGAGAGAUUGGCCAGCUGAAGAAGAAGCACGCCGGCAGCCUGUCGACGAUAAAGGAGCUCUUCGCAGACUGGACGGACGAGGACCUGGUUUUUGCCCUCGAGGACGCCAAUGGUGACCUGGAGGUGGCCAUUGAACGCAUCACAGAAGGAAACGUCUCCCAGUGGGGUGAGGUAAAGAAAAAGACAUCUGAUCGCACCCGGCCAAAGGCCUCCUCCAAGGAGGCUACCCAGUCCAGCAGCGGAGACCAGAACAUCCCUUCAUCAAGACCAGGACGCGGACGCGGAGGAUUCGACCCGCGUGGCCGUGGUCGUGGUGACCGUGGACGUGCUAGCCGUGGUGGAAGAGCCGGUUCCCAUACCGUUCUCCAACCUUCCCCAGCCAACGGCACUACUUCGAACCCGCCUGCUGCAGACGGUUGGGAUUCUAGCCCAGCAGUAGAGCCCCAGGCGGGCGUUGAGACCUCUGCUGCCGAAUCCAAGCCUCCUCAGCCGGAAUGGAACAACGUCCAGGAGACUCCCAAGGCUGCUGGAGACCAGUCGACCCAGAAGAGCAGUUUGAUCCCCGAGGGCUCCAAACGAGGAUGGGCCAGUUUGUUUGCGAAGCCAGCUCCGGAACCCGUCAAGGAACCCCCAUUGCCCACUGCCCCAAGUGCUCCUGAGAAGCCUGCCGAAGCUCCUGUCGAGCCCAGUAUCCCCGAACCUGCUACUACUUCUACUACUACCGCCGCCGCACCUGAACCAGAACCUCUCUCUAAUGACCAAGAAGAAGAAGAAGAAGAACAUGACGAACCGCCACCACAACCACAACAACCAGCAGCCGUCCCUACGCAACCACAACCUGUACCUGUACCUGUACCAAAACCCGUCGAACAGCCUAGACCCGUAAUCCCGCAACAACCACCAGCUCCUCCAUCUGUAUCUGUCCCUGUCGAACCUGAAGUCCCUGCUCAACCUGACACUGAAUCUCCUGCUGAUGUCGAAAAGGAAUCUGUUCCUCAACAGAAGCAACAGCAACAACCUCAAGCCCGCACCCCCGCUACCUCCUAUGCCUAUCCAAAGGGUCCCGCAACCAGUGCUGCUCGCGGACCAAACUUCCAACGCCGUGUUAUGGAACAGCAAGAAGCUGUUGUCAUGCCCGGAAACCACGCCGUUGACCGUGCUGCCGUCCAAUUUGGUAGCAUGGGCCUAAACGGAUCUACUGAUGAUGUUAACAUUGAUGAAGAACGAGAAGAACCAGAAACCCGCCCUCAGCCUCCUCAACACUCCCCCGUUGCUCCCCGUGCCUCUCUUCCUCCCUCAACAAGACCUGUUGCCGUACCUGAAACUACCGCCACCGCUCCUCGACCUGCUCCGGGCCUUCCCCCAGCCCCUGUAGCCUCUGCCGACACUCCAUUCAACGACUUCUCUCGAUACGGUGAUGCUCAAAAGCCGUACGAUAUCUUCAACCAACAGGCUGAUCAACAGGCUCAGCAGCCACAGAGCCAGGAACCCUUCUCCAACCAAGGAAUCCCAUCUCAACCUGCUGCUGUCACCACUGCUGCCGACUACUCUGCCUUCUACGGAGCUGACCAAUCCCGCAACCCAUACUACUACAGUGCAUAUGGCCAGCCUCAGGAUCCUGCCGCCAGCCAGCGUGCCGGUGCUGGAUUCGCAGCCAGCGGCGCCGAGUCACAGCCUCAGGUGCCCGCCUCGCAGCCUCCAGGCCGUUAUGCGCAUGCUGAAGCUCCUAACAGUGGCCAGAACACUCCCCAGCCCGUCGUUCCGGGCCAGGUGCAGUCUGCCCAGCAGCCAUCGCACCACAUGCCACAGAGCCAGGGAGCGCAUGCUGGAUUCAACUACGGUUACCCUUACUACACUAACCCUCACUAUCCCAACGCAUACAUGAACCAGAUGACCCAGCAUCAGCAACACCAGUAUGGCCGCAACCGCCCAAUGUACGAUGAUGCUCGCCGAUAUGAGGAGCAGCAGCAGCAACAGCAACAACAGCAGCAGCAGCACUAUCUCCCUCAUCAGUCCCAGUAUGCUUACGGCACCCAGUACGCACCUUACGGCAAAGGUGGAAUGUACAACCAACAGCCUCAGCAACACGGAUUCGGCUAUGAUUCUACCCCGGCCAACACUGCUGCCUUUAACCAGACCGCGGCUCCUCAGCGUGACUCCGCCACCUACGGACGAGCUGGCUCUGCCCAGCCUGCUGAUGGUCAACAGCAACAGUCCACCGGCUCCAAUGCAUUCAGUGGCAUUCCCGAUGUCUUUGGUCGAACCCAGUCUGGCUUUGGCCAGAACCAGUCAAUCCCUUCCCAACAGCCAACCAACGCUGACGAGACUGGCAGUUCCAAAGCCUAUGAUUCCUCGAAGACCGGUGGCCCAUCCCCAUCCGUCUCGCAUGUCAACCGCCCUGGCUCUGCGGCUAACAAUGCACCACACCAACCUGCCACUACCGGGCAACCCGGCCUUCCCCCCGUCCCCGCCGCCCAGCAAGCCAACCAGCAAGCCUUUGGCGGUUACCCUCACCUCAACCAGCAGUAUGGCGGCCUAGGAGGUCUGGGUGCUCACCAAGCCGGUACCUCUCACCAGGCCACAGCUUACAACAACUAUGGUGCUGGAUUUGGCAGCAACUACUACAACAACAACGGCCGUGGCGGCGGUUGGGGUGGAAACUAUGGCCACUAA